AUGCCGGGCUCCUGGGUGCUGGUGCUGGCGGUGCUGGGGGGGGCCUGCGCCCUCCCCGCCCCGGCCCCCCUCGCCUACACCCAGGCGCUGGCCCAGGCCGUCGACUCCUUCAACCAGCGCCCCGAGGUGCAGAACGCCUUCAGGCUGCUCAGCGCCGACCCCGAGCCUGCCCCGGGCGUCGAUCUGAGCACCCUGCGGGGACUCAACUUCAGCAUAAUGGAGACGGAGUGCGCCGCGAGCGCCCGGGUGAACCCCGACGACUGCGACUUCAGGGAGAACGGGGUCAUCAAGGAGUGCUCGGGGCCGGUGCAGUUCCUGCAGAGCUCCCCCGAAAUCGACCUGCGCUGCACGGACGCCUCCUCCGACCCGGUUCUCAUCCAGCGGGGCCGGUUCGGGCGCUUCUUCGGCAGGAUCCGACGCUUUCGGCCCAGGAUCAGCAUCACCGUCCGCGCCGGAGCCUCCGUCCGCUUCGGUUGA